AUGCAAGAAGAAAUAAUUAUCGCGACUGCUCCGUAUGGAGAUGCUGAAAUAACAACCGCGCCAGCUCCGUAUGAAGAUGAUAUUGGGUAUCCAAAUGAGUUUCCAUGUGCUAAAGGAUGCAUUUGGACAUGCAAAGUCUAUUGUCAAUGCGAAUAAGCUCUCGAUUUCUUUUGGGAGGUUAUGCUGUUCUUGGAGCCCUUCCGGUUUGUCAUUGAAUUCCAUCUUCCAUUACUAAUACACUAUGCUUCCUCCUCAUUCUCAGAGAUCUUCAGUGACACAAGCGUCAGGCAGUUAUCUCAGAUGCUACUAUCAAUAACCAUCUUCCACACAUCGGAAUACAUCCUAGCCGUCGCCAUUCACGGAGCAUCAAGCGUAACUCCAAGCUCGCUUCUGAUCAGCAAGCACUACGCUUUCGCAAUGCUCGCCGCAGUAAUCGAGUACCUAACCGAGACCAUCCUCUUCCCGGAGCUGAAACGACACGUGUGGGUCAGCAACUUCGGACUUAUAAUGAUCGUCGUCGGUGAAAUCAUCAGGAAAACAGCGAUCAUAACAGCUGGAAGAUCGUUCACACACCUCAUUAAAACCAACCACGAGGAGCAUCACAAGCUUGUGACUCACGGUGUGUAUAGAGUCAUGAGGCAUCCUAGUUACUGCGGGUUUCUCAUCUGGUCGGUCGGGACACAGGUUAUGCUCUGUAACCCCGUUUCAACAGCUGUGUUCACGGUUGUUGUGUGGCGGUUUUUCGCUAGGAGAAUAGAGUACGAGGAGUGUUUUCUGAAGCAGUUUUUUGGAGAAGAGUAUGUAGAAUAUGCAGAGAAUGUUGCUUCUGGUAUUCCAUUUGUACACUGA